UAUUGUUUAUGCUUUAGAAGAAAAUGGCGUCAUCACAGGCAACAUGUUGGAAGACAUCAUGGCAGAGAGUACACCAACAGACAAGAAGAGGGAACUGUUGAACAUAUUACCACGGAGAGGGAAGGAGGCGUUUGAUAUGUUUUACGAAAUUCUCGUCAGUAACAAGGAAGGAUCAGCGGCUGAUAUUUUAAAGCCAGAGUUGUCGAAGCAGAGAAUUGCUACGGAGAAAAGAAACCUAGCUGUUGUUCGACGAGCCGAAGGAUGUACUCCGUCAGUGGUGACCGUACCCACAGAUGAUGACGAUGAUAAUGAUCUGCCAGAAAUAUGGCCUGAUGAGAACCUGAUAUCAAAAAAAGUUACAGUAAAGGUCUGUGAGGAAUCGGGGCAGAUGUAUGAGAGGUUUAUCAAAUCCAGCUCGGACAGUGGAAAGACCUACAAACAUCAGAGCAAGCCAAGAGGACUUGCAUUAGUGAUAAACAACGAGAAGUUUGAACUGGCAAGGAAGAAUGGCUACAAGCUUCAAGAUCGAGAUGGAACCGACAUUGACCAGUUCACAGUUGAUCAGCUGUUAGAGCAGCUGAGCUAUACAGUUUACAUCAAGGAAGAUUUGACAGCUGAGAAAAUCCAAAGCACUGUAAAAUAUUACAGUCAGAUUGACCACAGUUCGUACGACAGCUUUAUUCUGUUUGUUCUCUCUCACGGAGAGAGCCAGAGUAUAUACGGAGUAGACGGGAAACUGGUACAGAAGGAGAAAAUCACAGGAGCCUUCAACGGGAAUAACUGCCAAACUCUUAGUGGGAAGCCCAAGCUGUUCUUUUUCCAAGCCUGCCAAGGGCAAAAUAAGGACCCUGGUGCACCCAUUGCCUCAGCUGAACCAGUUAGCAGUAGCAGUGGCAAUGAACCUGAUAACUUGGAGGUUUCACUAAAGAAGAUGAAAAAUCUAACAUUAAAUAAAACCUCAGCUGAUGUGUCGAAAGAUGACACUGUGGCCGAUGUCAAGAGAGAGACCUCAGUACCAGCCGGAGGAGAUGUCUUCAUAGCAUCGGCCACUAUUCCAGAUUAUUUAUCAUGGAGGAACACAAAGAAAGGAACAUGGUUCAUCCAGGCAAUUGUCUACAUCUUUCAGAAUUUUGCUUACAAAGAAGAUAUCUCCAAACUGAUGACCAAGGUCAACCGGCUGGUUGGCCGGGGUCGGACAGAUUCCGGUUCAAUGCAGGUGUCGACAUACGAGUCACGGCUGUUGAAAGAUUUCUACUUCUUCCCAGGCCUAUGGUUAUCAUCAUCAGAGACACCAGCAACUCUUUCUAACGUACAGCCUACUAGCUGAAACCAUUUGACCUCUUGCUAACAUCAUAAACAAAGAAAAUAUUUAAAUGUGUAAUGUAGCUUUGUUGGAAAGUAUUUAAGUAGGCAGGACUUUAGAUUGCUCCAAAGCUGAGGCAAUGAAAGGGUGUGCCCAAAAUAAGCAAGCGGAAAUGAAGUACAAACGUGCUAACCUCAAAACAAUUCCUCUCAAAAUCAGUGAAUUAAUUAUUAAACUGUAAUUAUACAUCUAGAUCAAACUAACAUGAAAUGCAUUUCUGAAUAUGUACAACUUUUUACCCAUAGAGGACAAUAGUAACAUACAGGGCUUUAGAUCAAGGCCGUAUUUACACCUUGGGGGGCCCGGGGCACUCCAGGUUCUGGGGCCCCUCAACAUAGAAAUUAAAUUACAUGACAAAUAAAACAAUUAUUACAUUAUAAUUAUUACAUUUUUUUAAUAAAGGAAGUCCUUAGUCUGGGGGGCCCCUCUGGCAGGAGGGCCCGGGGCAAUUGCCCCCUUUGCCCCCUUAAGUUAUAAAUCCGGCACUGCUUUAGAUUGCACCAAAGCCGAGUUGGUAAAGAUCGAGUGGGCCCAAAGUAAGUAUUCCCAGAAUAAACAAGCCCAAAUGAAGUAUAAAUAAGCAAACCUCUAAGCAUUUCACCUCAAAAUUAAUGGAAUGUUAAGCUGUAAUCAGAUUAAUAUUACUUGAAAUUCAUUUUUGAAUAUGUACAACUCUUUAUCAACUUUUAUUAACAUUACUGCACUAAACAGACCUUGGUGUGUUCAGAACAGACAAAAAACCUGUUGUGCCAAAAUUGGUGUGAUCCAAAGCCCUGGUAGGGAAAACGUGUUGUAAAGUGUGUCACUUUUUUCACUGAGUAACCAUUGUAAACUGACUAGAGUGUGUUCUGUAUUGUGAUUGGUUAAUUACAUUCUUUUUCCGGGAUCAAAUAGACAAUAACACCCAGAAAGCUAAUGAUGUCAUUAGAAAGUGACGUCAUUAGCAAUUGGAACAGGCGAAG